AUGACUGAUAUUCUUGUUGCAUCAAAUAAUUCAUUAAAACUAAAUUAUCCAACUGAAUUAGAAUGUCAUCCAACUUUAGGAGAUCUUCAUUUAAUAUUCACCACAAUUAAUAAAUCGCUUGAAGAAAUUAUCGAUAAUACGGUCAAUGAAACUACACCAAAACUCGUCGCAACAGCUAUGGCAAUUAAAUUUGAUGAGUAUUGGCAAAAAUUAGAUCAAUCUUCCUUUAUGAUUGCUCCACUCGAUCCAAACAUUAAACUUUCAUUAUAUAAUGCAGAAAAACAACAUAAAGCUCAACAAUAUAUAGAAAAUCUUUAUUCAAAAUACAGUACCUCUAAUGCUAGUUUAUCAUCCCAAACAAAUAGCUUACAAUUAACUUCACGCAAUUAUUUCAAAAAAACUCUUAAACGUUCCUUUGAUUCUUCUAGUGUAACAAGUGAAUUACGAAAUUAUCUUAUAUCAGCAGAAGUUGAUUGUGAAGUAUUAUCAUGGUGGAAAGCUCAUGCAAAUAAUCGAAAUUACAAAAAUAUCGCAAAAAUGGCUCAAGACUACCUGUGUAUACAGGCUACUAGUGUACCAAGUGAGCAGAUAUUCUCAGUCGCUAAACAUACCAUAAACUCCUUACGAAAUCGUUUGGAUCCAGAAAAAGCACGGGCAACUCUCUGCCUUAAAAGUUGGUAUGAAUCUGGU